AUGUGCCUAGCCCGGGACAACGUUACUCACUUGUCUAAUCCUGACAGCCACGGGGAUGUGUACACGGCCAGUUUUGAACUCUUCCCCUUUCACGAAGGGUCUUCCUACUCCUUCUUCAUGGGCAUCAUGAACGGGAAUGGGCCUCUACGUGGGCACUUCUGCGUCGUGCGAGCUAUGUUGGACAAAUGCGCCAAGGCUCGAGACUGGACAUAUACUCUGAGAAGAUCGUACGAAGCAGCCAGACUUGCAAGUGAGUUUAACAAACUGCUGGGUUAUGUUGCCGUCACCGUACAGAUACCAAUCCUAACUCAGGUCGAGACGGUCUCUGAUUUUUCUUGUUUGUUUCGCUGUUUGAAACCUCAUGAGAAAUAUCUCAGACCAGACGAGUUCGUCACCAUUGAACCUUUUCUUCAUGAAAUAUUCCAGAACUUUGACUCAUCCACAAAAACUUCUGUCGUUUGUGCAGAAGACGUUGACGAUGAAGCUGAUGAAGAAGAUUUGGGUACCUGCUUUUGCACACACAGAAAAUCCACCAAUUUAAAGUCAAACGAUAAUGACAGAAAUUCGAAUGUAUGCCCAUCAUCUGCUUAUAGAAGGUCGAGAGAUUUCGAUUUCACGAACGAUGAAGAUGGAGCUAUGGGAUAUUGCACUUCGUCUUCAUACAGAAAGUCUAACAUCCGAAACUAUAAAAAUAAUGACAAGAACGCCUCUAUAUAUUCUCCAUCUGAGUUUGAAAUAUCUAUAGACGAAGAUUUCGCUGACGAAGAUGAUUUAGGAUCCUGCUUAUGUAUUUCGGCGGCUUUUCGGAAAUCUAAAACUCGCGACUGUACAAACAGCGAAAAGUUCAGCGACUUCGAAUCUGAAGCAUUGACCCCCAACUGCUUGUUAGGCAACACUCCUACAAAUAUAGCCACCGCCUUUAGCCAUUUCUCCUGGCAUUUUACCAGAAAACUGCUGGUAUGCAACCUCCAGGGCGUCAGUAAUGGCGUCUCCUGCACCUUCACAAAUCCGACCAUCCAUUCUACCAGCCGCCAGUUUGGAGAGGGCGAUGGUUCGAUUCCAGCAAUCCUUGAAUUCUUUUCUUCACAUAGAUGCAGCAAUAUCUGUCGCAAGUGGGACAGGUGUGGCUAUGGGAGCAAGCCCCAACGGCGUGUUUCUUUUGAAAACCAGAUGGGUGAUUCUGGCUGUCUCAGCAGACUUGAGCCAGUCAAACAGCAGUCGCCUUUUCUGUUGCGUGAUAAUUGUUUAGGUACUUUAUUGUGA